AUGCCUACCGCGGUGAAGAGGUCAUCACCGCACAAAAAAAAAAAGAAAAAAAAAAAAAGAAGCUGAUUCAUCAUGGCGGUGGAUCUGGUUCCCAAGCCAAAUAUUAAAAGAAUACUCCGACGAUUUGGGAGUUAUGCCCUUUCGCUAUCAUUUUCAUAUUGAGACAACAUGAUGGAUAUUGUUUUUGUGUCUGUAGGUCCAGUGGCUGGGUCUCAGCGGUUAGCAUUGAGGUCAGUACGUCCGGCCCUGUGAUCCGCGGAGGGAUACACCGGUGAGCAGGCACAAACGUAGCUUGUAAACAAAACUCAGCUGUUUAUUUAGCCUAGCGAUAUCUCCGGAUUGUAGUAGCUGCAAUGGAUGACUUUGAACGUGAUUUUGAGGAGUUUCUUGUAGCGGACACAGACCCAGAGCCAUACCUGUUUGAGCCGGAGCAUACAGAUGAGGAACUCCAUGUGUUGGAUGCUGAGCGGGCGAGAAGAGAGGCUGAAUCCUCCGGAGCGGCGGAGCAGCAACGGUCCGAGGGGAGACAGAGGUCAGGGGAGGACUGGUGGUGUAGCUGCGGGGCUAGCUAACAUAUUCCUACGGAGGUGGAAUCAUUUUGCUGCACAGAAUGGGAUUCGGUGCUACCAUCGUUGGGGAGAUAUAUCAUCAGGAGGAAAACCGCCGCAGAGAGUGCAUCACAAGGAAUGAAAACUUUGCAGCAAUUACUAAGUUAAACUGGAAAAAACGCCCAGGCCUGCAGGAGCUGAUGGACAACUUUCAGUCGAAUGGACCACUUGAUGAAACCAGAUGAGGAGACUGCCAACAAGACAGUGGAGACUACUGACUGAUGACCUAGCCGCACACCAGUGGAGAUGCCCAACUGAUGACCUGGCUGGGAGUUGACUGAAAUGUCAACUGAAGGUCUGGUAGAUCUGGCAGCACAUCAGCUGAGAUGGAGUAUUGGAGAUGUAAAAGAUCUGGCAGGGCAUUCGUUGUCUUAGUGGCACUGGGCAGCUGAACCACAGAGGUACUCGACAGCUGAGAAAGCCAAUUGUAUCAGACGCCAUUGGGACCAUGCUUUGCUCUGAGGGCUCCACAGGGUUAUCCCCUGAAAAUGGCAAGGUGAGCUACUAGAUAUCAGGGUAGCUCCUCAACUAGUUCAGUGGCAACUUGAAGAGUUCAUGGAAGGCAUUUUCAUGGCAGGCAGGUGGUGGACUAGCUGGCACAGGACAGGCAGGCCAGAGGCAAACGAUUCCAAGACUAACUGGCUGAGAAGCAGGCCAGGUCUGGAGGCUGGCAAGCCAGAGACUAGCUUACUUUAGUGCAGGUCAGAGGUAAGCUGACAGAGGCCUUUUGUUUCACGCAAUAACUCUUACCAUGCAUUUGGCUUUGGUAGGUCUUAUGGUCUAAAUGAAGCUCUCUCUGGAAGCGAAUACAGAACAUCGCAGGGCUGAUGCGGGCAUUCUUUUGUGCUUGCUGCACUGCGUCUGGUUUCAAACGGGGCUAUGCCUGAUAGCAUGUCCAGACUGUCUGUCAUGAUGGGCUGAAGCACCCUGUUAUUAUGUGGCAAGUAUACUGAAAGUAUUUCCCAUACUGGACAUCCACACUCAACAGUUAAGUAGGAGAGGGCUAGUGAAGUGGAUUACAAGAUUUGUGAGUGGCACCUCAAUUGGUGCCCGUGAGAUGGAGAUAAUGUUGUUUGUGCAAGUAUUUAAGCUUUUUUCUUCUCAAUAUGCGUUUUAUUGAGACAUACUGUAUCAGUCUAGAGCAGGGGUAUUCAACUAAAAUUCAAAGAGGUCCUGUUAGAGAAAAUUUCCUAGAGCAAAGGUCCGGAACAUCAUAAGUUCUAACUUGAUUUAUUGUGAUAUAUAUACUGAAGUAGCCUAGUAGUUGUAUCAACAUCUGCAUGUAAUCUGACUGUCAAAUCAAGUAAAAAAAAGUACGAUUCAAAAACUUUUCAACAGUAUUAAUUGACACUUAACAUUGAACUAUACAGAUAUGCAUUUAAAAAUAAAAUGGAGAAAAUAAAUGAAAUCGUUUUUGAAAAAUUGUGCAUCUUAACAUAAAGUGCUUAAUUUUAGAAUAAAUAAAAUAAAGUGUAGCAACAGCUUGAAUUUUCCUUUUUCUUUGUUAACUUUUUCACAUCUUGACUUAACAGUCUCAACCAAUUUUAUAAUAAGUAAAUAACUAUUGAACAGUUUUACAGUUUCUCUUUAGAUAGAUAGAUAGAUAGAUAGAUAGAUAAAGAAAGUACAUAAGAUCACAAGGUGUGAAUAAAAGGUAUAAAAAGGUGUAUAAAAACAGUACAAUAGAUACCAAAAAAAAAAAAAAAAGGAAGAAUGGCUCAAAGUGCAUAUGAGUUUGAUCGGAGGGAGGAGUUGUACAGUUGUAUUGCUGUGGGUAUGAAUGAUUUUUUGUAGCGCUCUUUUGAACAGCAGGGGAGUCUGUAUCUGGUGCUGAAUGUGCUCUUGAGUGUGUCCAGUGUUUUAUGGAGAGGAUGGGUGUGUUGUAUAUGAUCCUAUUGAAUUUGGCCUGGAUUCUGUCCUCCACCACCUCCUCAAAAGUGCUCAGCUUCAGGCCAACAAUGGACUGGGCCUUCUUAACCAGCUUGUUGAGCCUGUUGGCAUCCUUUUUCUUAACACCCGCCCCCUAGCACACCACGGCAAAGAAAAGAGUGCUAGCUACAACAGUCUGGUAAAACAUUUGCAGCAUCUUGUUGCAUACAUUAAAGGACCUGAGCCUUCUCAAAAAAUACAGCCGACUCAGGCCCUUCUUGUACACUGCCUCUGUGUGUGUGGACCAUUCAAGUUUAUUGUCCAGUAGGACACCCAGGUACUUGUACUGCUCCACAAUCUCCACUCACUCCCACUGCUUUUCUUUCCCUCUUUUCCCACUCUGCCCACGUUUUGUUGUUCAGUGAGAGAACAGAGCUCGAGCUUGUCCUGCCAGGAUUUUAAAUCUGGACUGGAAUGGUGUUAGGGCCAUUCUCAUACAUAUGUGCAGGUGCUCAUUGGUGAGCCUGGAACGAUAUUUAGUUUUUAUUAUGUUCAUUGUGGAUAAAGCUGCCUCGCACCUGUAUGUAGAGCCAAACAUGGCAAGAUGUACAGGGCUACUUUCCUGAGACCUGAGAAAGCUUCCUCUAUUUCUCUCCCCGUCUCUCGCUCACUUCCUCUUCCUCUGUGUUUCUCCCUGUCUCCCGCUCACUCGCCUCUCCAUCUUCUCUCCUUGUAUCACUUUCUUUCUUUUUCUAUAUUCUAUCCUUCUAUAUUUCUAUCUUUCUAUUUUUCUUAUCGCCUUUCCACUUGUCACUCAUCUCUCACCUCUCUCAUCUGACUGUACAGAAUUGCAAUGUUAAUUGCCUGGAAUGCAGAGAUUUGACUGGCUUGGUGGCAUCAUGUGGGAUGGCUUAAGGGUUUAGAGCAUUGUUGAUUGAAGUGCAGUCUGCAGGCCAAUGGCAGCCCUCAGAAACAUUUUUUGGAGCCCUGGAACAUGAUUUUAUUUUAAUCAUCCCCAAUCUACUUCAGUACUUUCACUUUCAAUCACCUACAUUUAACACAUUAUUCGACUACAAAGUCAAACUUUGGACAAGUAUCAAACAAGUAUCUGUCAGAUUAGGAAUGAUAACUUGUAGAAAGCCUCUGGUUGCAUGGCAACUAGUUGGAAUUAUGAAAGCUAUAGAUAGGGAUGUUGAUGGACAUCUCAGCAGUUUAAUGUGAAAGUGAGAUGUGCACAUUUUUCCUGAGUGGCCCUCAAUCAUAUGCUGGCUCCCUAAAUUGUAACUCAGUCAUCAAAACUUAAAUAAACCUUUUGUCUAGAGUGAUGCUUUAGUAAGUCUAAUGUUCACAAUGUUCCAGGUUUGCUCCAGACUACGUUAGUAGCAAUUUACAUGUGGCUUUCCAGUUGUGCAGGUGGAAGACGCAUACCUGGGUUUUUUAUGGCCAAGAACAAAAGUUCUAUCAGAAAGUUUAAUAUGCAUAGUAGGAAACUUUCCAAAUUCUCCAGAGGUGAAAUAAUGUGGUGACGUCUACCAGGCUAGACAAGAUAAAAUAUGUUGAACACCUUUGAGAACACACAGUAGUGGUUUAUCUGUGCACAGAUCUCACUAUAUGCAAAAUAUCGCCAAAUGGGUUUAUGGGUAUAUCUUUUUUCAAAACGCUCAAUGGAGCUGAUGGUACAGUUUAGUAAGACUGUUGAUUUUUCAAAAACAGGUUGUACUUGAGCAGACAUUAAUACUUACUUUUUUCUUGAAAAUGUGAUACCCUCUAAUUUAAAGAAUGGAAAACAGCACUGUCUCUUUUUACUUUAACCUAACCAUGUUCAUGAACAUUGGACAUCACCGUUAUCCAGCCUUUGUCUUUUGCCUCCUGCUCUACAGCUUUAUUGUGUCUGCUAAUCUUACCAUGAUAAUUAUAAUAUUACGGGAGAAAACACUACAUGAGCCCAUGUACAUUUUUAUUGCAUUUUUAUCUGUCAAUGCUCUGUAUGGCUCCACUGGUUUCUUCCCCAGAUUCCUCAUGGACCUACUGACUGAUACUCAUUUGAUCUCUCAUCCUGCUUGUUUUACACAGAUCUUCAUUAUUUACACAUAUGCUUUGUAUGAACUGACCAUUCUGAGCAUUAUGGCAUAUGAUAGAUAUGUUGCUGUUUGUCAUCCUUUACAUUAUCACAGAAAGAUGAACUCUAAAACUGUCUACACUUUGACAUUUUUUGCUUGGGUCUGUCCAACCUGUUACCUUACAAUGAGCAUUAUUAUGGUUGUCAGGCUUCCUCUAUGUGGUAACAAUAUACAGAGGGUAUACUGUGCCAGCUGGAAUAUUGUAAAAUUAUCAUGUGUUACCAAUGCUGUUCUCAAUAUUGUUGCUUUGUUGGGGGCCAUAAUUAUAGCAUGUCUUCCCCUUGGUUUUAUCUUGUAUACUUAUCUGAGAAUUGUGAUUGCUUGUUGGAAGUCAUCAGAGGUCAGAGGAAAAGUAUUACAGAGCUGUCUUCCACAUGUUAUUUCAUUUCUGAUCUAUCUCUUCACAUCAUUCAGUGAUACUGCCCUGAGUCGACAAAAUUUAGAAGAGAUUAAUCCAUUUGUGGCUAUAAUUUUGUCACUAGAAUUUGUUAUUAUUCCUCCAGUUGUAAAUCCUCUUGUUUAUGGCCUUAAAUUACCAGAAAUAAGAAAACACAUCUUCAAAAUAUUAUGCUUAAGACCUCAGUCAAAAAAGAUUUCCUGCACAUUACCAGAGUCUACUCUGAUCAUGUGA